AUGGUGAUGCUGUGCAGUUCUACUGGCAUGUUCGUAGCGAGUGGACGUGCCACCACGUGGAUUUCGGAAAAAAAAAAUCAAAUUCCUACCCACCGGCAACCCAUUCCUUGUCGUCCCUAGUCAACCAGUGAUACCAUAUAACCAGAGGAUACCAACUCCGGAAACACCGAAUCCCUUGUUCCGUUUUUGUGUCUUAUCACGUGCUCCAAAGUGUUAAUAAUAUCGGACAAAUUAUUUUUCAAUAAAUACACACAUCGAUUUUGAAAUAUGUACGAUAAAAAAUUUCGCUUCCAUCUUGAAAGACCUCGAUUUUCAGAGUCGUGAUGUGUAUUAUAAAAUUCUUAUAUUUCUGGUAUAGAGCAGAUGAUACACACCUGCUCCAAAUUAUGGAUUUGACGCAAAUGAUUUUGCGGUAUUGAAUAUUCGAAAUCCUAGUUCAAUACUUUUUCUUUUUUUUUGGGAUAAAAAAAAUCUAGACCGGUUUUUUACGGACCUUUUAUAGAGUUUCUUUGAGAAAUCAAGUGUGUUGGGGCGCCAAUGAGCAGUGUUAAUAGCAAGACGAGACAAGGUACCGUAAGCAGAGAGCCUUCUCCACGGAAUAAAGGAUAUAUAAUGUGUCGCGUCGAUGCAUACAGUCUUGAACAGAGUCAGCCUCUGGAAUUCGAUGGAACGAGACCAUCGCAAGAAUGAUGAGUAAGCAGCGAAAGGAAUUUUGAGGGAAAAAAACAAAAAAAAAGUAAAGUAAAGUGAGAAAGUGUAAGGAUGACGACGACCAUGAUGAUAAUGAUGAUGAUACUAAGCUGCAGGAAGGGUUUUCGAAGAAUCCUUGGAAAAGAAGUGAAAAGUGAAAUGUCCAUGUGACUCGUGAUAGUUGUGUGUUGUGUGUGCCCUCUUGUGAGGAAUUUCUUCCCUCAUUGGGAAGAGGCAUUUCUUAAAGAGGGACUUCACCAAGGUAUAUCUUCAAGGAACCUCUUCAAAACUAGUUAGAAAGUUGGGUAUGAGGAGAUUCACACGCAGGCGAAAGACCCUAGCAGCAAUUUCGGCGAUUAUGGGACGCCUCGGAAAGAGUCUGCAGAAUACGACUCGACCCAUCUUUAAAGUACAUUAUCGUAAACUCGACGACGAAUACAAUCAAAAUCAUCUUCAGCAACAUCAAGAACAAUUGAAGUGCAUGUCAACAUUACCAGAAUACAUGUCUUACUGUUGCUGUCAGUGUGGACACACGCAAAAAUUGAAACCAGAGGAGCUAAACGCUAUUGUGGGUAAUGCAUUUCGUAUGGCGUACGUGGCCCAACUUCAACGACAACCUAUUCUUCAGGACGUAAUUUCGUCACGAACAUCACCUCACUACCGCAAGGAUAAACAAGAUACUAGGACAACUUGGAAUAAACAAUUAGAAGAUGGUAGUAUGAGCAAUGUUAAUACUGGAGGAGGAGGAGGUUGUAGGAUUCCAUUAUCAAUUUCGUGGCUGAAAAGUCAAACACCGUUGACGCCCACGUCCCGAAUUGAAAGCGGUUCACUCGCAGCGGAUAUGAACGUUCAAGUCGACAGCGCCGGUUCACCUACGCUGAGACUCGUCAGCGUAAAGCCAACUUCAAUACCGGACCUUCGACCAGUUCACAAUUUUCCAAACAUCCUAGGACCCUUCACAAAUGCAAAUGAGCCAAAGAGUACUUCGCAACAAAAUAGUCCGAGUAGUAAUGAAAGUAACUCGCCAACGGAACUCAAUUCCUGUAAAAGAUUAACGGACAAACCGCCGUUGAUAAAACGACUGGCGAUGGGUCUCACUGGCGGUAGAGAUUUCAUUGGAUUUAACGGAGUCGAAGAUAGUUGUCCUUUAGUCAACGAUAAUAGUAGAAAUAAAUCCCAUUCAGGUGGCUACGUUAAUGAGGCGAUUAUCGACUCCGAAGGUUCCAAAUCAUCAUACAAUAAAUUAGCACCCUCAGAAAGUAUCGACAAUUCCAUAAAUGCCUCCAUUACGGAAAAGAAUUUCUGCACUGAAAACGAAAGAGUGGAACCCAGUUCACCUGGUUCGGAGACAGAAACGGAGUUACGAUUAAAGAAAAAUAAGUCACAAUUAACUCCAAGUGUUUGUGGUCCUGUGGAUGGAAUUUUGCACAGAGUUACCUCAACACCACCUCCACUUCCUGAAAGAACCGAUAGUCUUAAUAAUCGAAGUGAAGAGAGUGAAUUGAGGAAAGCCCCUUGGUUUCAAGCGGGAAUCCCUAGGGAAAUAACACUGGAGGUGUUGAACCAAGAGCCGGAAGGAGCAUUCAUGGUUCGUGAAAGCACGAGUAAACCCGGGUGUUUUGCCCUUUCCCUUCGUGUUCCACGGGAAUUUCAACCAAGCGGUAUAGCUCAUUAUCUCAUUUUACGUACGAACAAAGGCUACAAAAUCAAAGGUUUCAAGAAGGAAUUCUCGUCACUGCCAGCCCUAAUCACGCAUCAUUCUGUCAUGCCGGAACUUUUGCCAUGUCCCUUAUCCCUAAGUCGUUACAAUCCAAAUUUAGCGAAUAGUAGCUCGAAUAAAGACUUUGCCGAUAUUGAUUUAGAUCCAGAUUAUAAUUCCCUUGCAGAUUUUCGUAAGACAAUGGCCAAUCUAAGCGUUUAAUGUUCCUUUAAAAAUUUUGGCAUAAUAAACAAAAUUCAGUGAAAAAUGUUCUUCAAAUUUUCUCGAAUUUUUUUUUUUAGUUUAUUUCUUUUGUGUCUUCUUCUGUGCUCAUUGAAAUAUUCUGCAAAAAAAAUUUUAAGUAAAUUACAAUUCAAUAAAACUGUAAAUACAAAGCUUUUUCAAUGAAAAUUAAAAUAGAAAAAUAUUUGAAGAAAAAAAAUUGAGAAAAUAAUUUUCUUUUUUUUUUUUUUCAACGAGAAAAAUUGACAUUAUUUCACUGUUUUGGAAUUUCCCUUGCAGUUUACAUUUUAAAAGAAACAACGAGUGAAUAAAUAAAUGUUUCAAAGAAAUGAAACUGCGUUAGAUUUAGCAAUCUCGAAGCAUUUAAACCUUCUUAAGUACCUACUGUAAACAGCGCGAUCUUAUAAAAACGUCAUCGCUUCACGAAGAGCUCUCUAUUUAAGCUUAACGAAUUGCAUUACUAUCACUAAAACACCAGCAUCUUGACAACUUUCAUUUUCAAAAGAGUAAAAGAUAUAUUGUGUCUUAAAUUCUGCAAAGUCAUUUCGCUUAUUUAUUUUUAUAUUUAAAAAUAUCACUCGUUUCGCAGACUUCGUGGAAAAAAAGACACAUUAUUUUACCUCUUUUUUUAUAUUUAACAAAAAAAAGACAAGUGAAUGAAAAAAAAAACAUAUAUUUUUUUAAAUUAAAAAUGUUUUAUUGUUAAAAAUUUAUUAUUUGUUAAAUAUUUAAGGCAUCUGAAUUAUUUCCAAUUUUUGUUGAAUUUAAAAAAAAAAAAAUUUGAAUCAAUUCAAAGCCUCUAUUUUAAUUAUUAGAAAUUAAAAAAAUUCAUUGACUCAUCUUUUUUUUUUCUCAAAAAUUCAUUGAAAAGUUGCUCUUGAUAUACAAAUUUUCUCAAGCUUUAUGAGACUCUGUACUUGAAAAUUGAAUGUUACGACUAGAAAGAAAGAGAGAAUAAAUAUGUGCAAUAUGUGAAAAAAAAAAAAAAACAUUUUCUAUGAAGCGAUAAAAAUUUAUAAUUCUGACAAUUGAAAUUGUAGUCUAGUCUUUGUAACUCGUGUUAAUAAAUAUAUCACGAGAUUGAAUCAAAAUUGUAUAGUGUUGCGAUUAGUGUUAUUAAUGGAAAAAGAAAAUCGAUUAAAUUAGAAAGAAAAAAGAAAUAUUUAAACUUUUUUUUAUAUUGGCUUUAGAUAAACGUUAAAAAGAAAUUUAAUUUAGCCAAAAAAACCUAAUAUGAAAAUUUUUCGAUUUAAUUUAAUAAAAAAAAAAAAAAAAAAUGUUAAUGGCUAAUUGCCAAAGAAUUGUCGAUUCAUCUCUUUUAAUGUUAUUUGUAAAUCUAUUAUGAAAGUGAUAAAAAUUACCUGAAUCUAUUUUAUCUUUUGAUCGACGUUUUAAACGCCUUUUUUUGUUAACUAAAUAUUUUAAUUUUCUUCUCGAAAUAAAUUGUUAUUAACUGAAAGUUUAAAAAAAUGUUUGUUAAUUGCAAAUAAAUAAUUGAAGAGCAAAAAAAAAAAAGAAUUUAGUUAAUUUAAUUUUGAAUUCAAUUAACUAGUUAAAUGAUUUGCAAAGUUUGAUGUUUUGUUCUUGUUAAUUGCAAAUUAGAGAAAAUAAUUUAGAUUUGCCUGUAUGUGGUGGAGUUUAAACGUCAGAUGAGUGUAUUUAUUGUUUUCGAGACGAAAUUGAAAAUAAGCCCAAACACAAGUUUAGCCUUUGCAAUGGAAUAUAAUUUGCUUAUAAAAUUGUAAUCGAGCUACUUUUUAUGGUGUUUGCAAGUAGGUUUCCUUUUGAAAUUUUGUGCGCGUACUUCUGAUCUAUUAUGCUACACAUUGUCUGGAAAUAAAAGAAAUGAGAGAAAGCGAGAGAGAGAGAGAGAGAAGAGACAGUGAUUAAUUAAAAUUUUAAUCACGUCUUUAAAUAUUGUAAAGUUACAUUUUAGUAUUAAUUAUUGUUUGUUAAAUAUUUAUUGGGAAAUAAAGAAUUUCGUGAUACCUGAAA